AUGUCAACCAGCACUGAAAGUAUGGAGAUUAAAUCUCAAAAUAGAGACGAGCUAGAUCGAUUGGACGCUGAGUGCAUGGCGGCAUCUGAAGAGUUCAGGACCACUGAAGAUGAACCAAUAAUAUCGAACCCCAAAGAUCUGGGCAAAACAUUUUGGGACAAGUCACAAUGUGACGACGUUCUGGAGAUGGGUUAUUCCGAAUCAUCUUUCUUAGGGACGCGUACUGUCUUUGAAAAUAUGUUUCGUCAAGACGUGCUGUCCAAACCAAUUAUUAGCAUCUAUCUCAACCAAAAUGACGAGAACUCCCCUGACGGCGGUUUACUGAUAUUAGGCCAACCCAAUCAUGCCCAUUACGUGGGCGAGUUUACGUAUGUGGAUGUUAGCCGCCGCGAAUAUUGGCAAUUUAAAAUGGAUAAGAUUGAAGUUGAAAAUCGCGCCUUAUGCGGGAAAGACCGUCAAGCUAUCGUCGACAUGGGCUUCUCUAAGAUAGGAAGACCACCGAAAGAUAUCGCAGCUCUUAAGAAAGAGAUCGGUUAA